CAUGUACCGGCUGUUUGACUCGGAAACAGCCAUACAGCGUGUAAAGAAGAAAUGACCGACAGUGACCUCGAAUAAGAUGUUGAAGACCUAUCUAUUGUCUCCAUCUCUUUACAACACAUCAGCAUUUAUGUAGAAUUCCGAUAAAACUGCAGCCUACAUUUUGAAGCGCCUUCGAAACGUCGAGUCGCUAUACGCAUCUGUCUUCCGAGCGUUUACAUUUUCUACGUAAAUAAUGGAAAAUGCUGAAACAUCCGAUCAAAACGGAACGACGCACUACACGAACGGUUCAGUGAACGGAUUUCACACCCCGCAGUCCGGUAACGGGGACUGUAUUUCGUCUAGCGGAGGUGGUCUAGGUGCUAGUGACAGUAGCGGUGGCCAUAAUGGUAUUGAAAAUUUCCACCAUCUUCAUCAGGAUGUACACAACAAUGGUUCGCCUGCGAAGCGCUGCAGACUCAGAAGACGCGUGGAUUCGGGAAAGAAGAACAGACCACCCUUUCCAUGGUUUGGGAUGGAUAUAGGAGGCACCCUGGUAAAGCUGGUUUACUUUGAGCCCAAGGACAUCGCUGCUGAAGAAGAACAAGAGGAAGUGGAGAGCCUGAAAAGCAUCCGCCGCUACCUGACCUCCAACGUGGCCUAUGGAAACACGGGUAUCCGUGAUGUUCACCUGGAGUUGAAGAACCUCACCAUGUGUGGCCGCAAAGGCAACCUGCACUUCAUUCGGUUCCCCACUCAAGACAUGCACCGCUUCAUCCAAAUGGGCCAAGACAAGAACUUCUCCAGCCUGCACACCACGCUGUGCGCCACGGGUGGGGGCGCAUACAAGUUUGAGGAAGACUUCAGAACGGUGGCUAGUUUGGAGCUGCAGAAGCUGGAUGAACUGGACUGUCUUAUUCAUGGUCUGCUGUAUGUUGACUCAGUCGGGUUCAAUGGUCAUCCAGAGUGUUAUUUUUUCCAAAAUCCCUCUGACCCUGAAAACUGUGUCAAGAGGCCAUUUAGCCUGGAGAACCCCUUCCCUAUGUUGCUGGUAAACAUUGGCUCGGGGGUUAGCAUCCUGGCCGUCUACUCCAAGGAUGAUUACAAGCGGGUCACGGGCACUAGUUUAGGAGGUGGUACGUUUCUAGGCCUGUGUUGCUUGCUGACCGGCUGUGAUACAUUUGAGGAGGCCUUAGAGAUGGCAGCUAAAGGGGACAGCACAAAUGUGGACAAACUUGUGAAGGACAUUUACGGUGGCGAUUAUGAACGCUUCGGUCUCCAGGGUUCCGCCGUUGCAUCCAGUUUUGGUCAUAUGAUGAGCAAGGAAAAACGUGAUAGUAUAAGUAAAGAGGACCUGGCCAGGGCCACUCUUGUCACCAUCACAAACAACAUUGGCUCCAUUGCCCGCAUGUGUGCAGUGAACGAGAAUAUCGAUAAAGUGGUUUUUGUUGGGAAUUUCCUUCGGAUCAACACUGUAUCAACUAAGCUGCUAGCUUAUGCCAUGGACUUCUGGUCUAACGGUCAACUGAAAGCCCUUUUCUUAGAACAUGAAGGAUAUUUUGGAGCUGUUGGUGCCUUCCUAGAGCUACUGAAGAUGACUGAAGACUCCUGAGACACUGAAGAAACCCCAACCUUCAAACCAGAAGCUGCUGUAAGAUUUCAGGAAAGCCACAUCCCCUAAUAAGAAAAAGCCAUUUAAUAAUAUGAUUGAGUUUCCCUUCAAAUCAUCGACACAUUGGCCUGUUGGCCUGACACGUUGGCUGGUGACAGAAGCAGGUGACCAAGAGGAAAUGAUGCACAACGAAAAACGCACUUUCAGUGUGUGAAAUCACUUAAUGUUAAGUGUGCCUCAUUUCCGCUUCUAUAAAUCCAGCACAGCUUUGGCUUUGCCAUGUAUUGAUAUUUUGAUUGGAUGAUGAUUUAGGACACUAAAUAUAAUGCCUGUAUACUCCCUCUACACCCAGUUUGUGAGCUUUAUGAAAAUAAUUGUAACGUAUGAAAAGGGUUUGGAGGUGAGUGUUAUGUUUAUUAGUGGGACAUUAUAAAAAACAACCUUCCCCUCUAAACAAAUCAUGCUUUGAACUGCAAAUCAGAUUUAUCAUUAAUUGACUGUCCUUAAGAGUAAUUUACAUGGGACUUUUCUCCCCCUGUUUUAGUCACAUAUGAGCAUUCAUCAUAUCUGUAUUACAUUAAAAUGCUAAGUUGUAUUAUUAACCGUAGAAUCAUUUUGGACACUAAAGCGUGAGUCCAAGUUAAAAAUUCUAACAUCUUUUUAAUACAGUCAGCAAAUGACAAUUGAAUUUCAGUACUUUUUCAAUUACUUACAGAAUUAGCAAAAAAUCGUCAGGUAGACCUGUUUUAUCUUCAUUGGGCCUUGUACGAUUAGUGGAUUGUUGACAUGAGUAGCUGUAGUUUCUAAGAUAUCUUUACCUCCUUUUAACUGGUCUGUCUAAUGAACAGUGGACAUAUGCACCUGAGCUGACACUGAUUGUGUUGGGACCAAAUUGUCAAUAUUGACUGGAAAACUCAGUAUCUUCAUCAGAUGGAGAAUUCUCAUAGUUCACUACAUAGUAAGUCCUUUCUUACCGUGAUGAAUUUUAUUUGGUUUUACAGUCCCUAAUGCCAAUAUUUCUCCGAUCUGAAUGUGUUAACAGUUUACCCUGUGUAUAUACACUGUAGUAUAUGUUUUGUUUUGUUUUUUUAUUUAAUUUAACAUUUGCACAAACCAUCUCUUGUCAUAUUCAUGCCAUUAUGCAAGUUUCAUUAGAGACUGCUAACCAAGACUUAUAUUUACUGUCAAACCUCCUCGCAAAUGCCUUCAUCCUUUAAACAUUUUCAGCCUAAACGUUGUCUAUUAAUGAAAAUAUUUUGCCUUUUUUUCCUCAUGUAUCAACAUGAGCAUCUCUAACUUUAUGCCUAAACACCUUUUAACUCUCUGUAUUAAUACUGUACUGCUGGGUCUGACUGUGAACUGUAAAGAUUGUUGUUCAGAACCAGAUGUAUGUUAAAUACAUGCUCCUAAAGCUGGAAUCAUAAAUUCCAAAAUAGUUAUUGCAGUCAUUAUAAUCUGUCUAAAUAUGUAUGAUCAGAAACAUAAGCACUUCCAAGAGAAAAAGAUAUUGUCUUUCCCUCACUUUGAGCCACAGUAUGACAGCAAUUAUUUUUCUACCAAUUGCAUUUUCUCAUUUGGCUUCAGCAGUGUAAAUAUGUAGUCAAGACAUUAAAUCCUUUAUUUUUUACAGCACUGAUAAAAUAAGCAGUUUUCGAGCUUGUAAUUUGCUGUUUUUUUUGCUGAUCACCAUGAAUGCAAGCAAGACCAAAACUUCUUAGAGGAAGUAAAAUGUACAUUAAGAAUAAUUUCAUAAUGCAUUUUUUAUUGGAGGAUUGACUGUAAAAAAUAUUCACCUAUUGUGCAUGUACUGAAUCUACUACAUGUUCAACAACAGACCUGUGCUGACAUUAAAGUGUCUUCUAUCUGCUUGUGACAACAUCUGUAGCACAUUACGUGCACUGCCUCUAUAUCUUUUCCUUCUAUCUGUUGAUUCAUGCUUUACUUCCUCUGCUCAGUCCUUAGAAUUGCCUUAUGCAGUGGGGUGCCAUUUUUUCUUUGGAUGUCUGGAUUAUGCACAAUGGCACCCCAACAUCUCUCUGAGCCACAAAAGUAACUUCCAAGUGUUGUGGGGUGCCUUUUACUGAUGGAGACAAGGCUUUAUCUCUGUAUCAUCGCAAAUGCUAAAUCCAGAUAUCACUGUAUACAUCAAUCCUUAACAGUAUAUUUGAGGUGUUUUGAAUUUCUUGAGGGUGGAGGGAGGAGGGAGGAGGGUGGGGGGAUUGAAUGCAUGUGUCGGUACAUUGUAUUUUUACUUGGGUAAUACAAAGCAUGUAAGCGAUUUCUCAACAUGGGUGACAUUUCAUUAGGCACUUGGAUGGAUCGCUCCAUCUAAUGUAGUCAAAUUGUCUUUUUAUCAGGUUUUGUUCUUGUAAACCAGAUCUAAUGUCAAUGCAUGUUCAUUCCUUGCGCUAUAUGUUAAAUUGUACAAAACGUUUCUGCCCUUUCAUAAAUAUAUUCUGUAUCUUCCAAACUAUACAUGUUCGAUGCCCAGUUUUCAGAAAGCAUGUUCUAAAUUGUAAAUGCUGAGUCGCCAUUACAGCUGAAUUAUAAGCUUUUUCUAGAGCUAAAUUGUGUAUUUAUAAAUCGUAUAAUUUUAGAUAAUUAGAUGUUAAUAUUUCAUGCUAAUAAUAACCCUCAUCAAUGACCUCAAUCUCCUGACAAACUUGUCUGAUGUAUGUGAUCUGAAUGAGUGUUUAAUUAUAUAUUAAACAUUAUUUUAACUUCAGUUUCAGUGCACAUAUGAAUCUCAAAUAGAAUCACUACACAAAUUUUAAGUGUAUUUCUUAUGAUAUAACAUUUGAUGUUGAUCGUAUAUGGACCCUUAAUUUACUUGCUCCUCGUAAGGAAUGAAAUUCAUGUCACUAAGAGAUUUUUAUAUUGGUUUUGAGUUGUAUCAUGUGAAAACCUAACUUCAUUUGUCAAUAAACUAUUUUGUAAAUAUCUAAUAAAUGUGUUAAUUGUGGAAAAUGG